CCCACAUUACAUUCCAGAAUCUAAAAACUCGACAACUAAAGAUCCAAUUGUGCCUUAUAAGCAUUUAAAUCAACUCAUAAAUCAUCAAAACAAACCUAAAAAUAGGCGGUGGACUUGCUUGAGCAGCACAUAGCAUUGAAAUGUGUUCAUCAGUAUUGAAUCGAAUAACUUGAAUAUUUUCUCCAGUUGUGAGUUUUGGUGAAAGUUUGUUGAUUGGUUCUAAAGUUUCAAAAAAGAUAAAGUCAACAAAUUUGUCAAUAAAGUAGGAACGAAACCAAGAAAUCAAGCAAAAUUAGAGACACCGGACAAAUCAGAAACCAAAAAAUAAAAAUUUUGUGUGAAUAUGAUUUUAAGAUUAUUUGAGAGAGAAUAAAGCAGUGUUGUCUAAGCUGUUUACCGUGGCACACUGGUAUGUCGUAGGACAUCCUUAGGUGUGCCGUGGAAAAAUAUCUAAGGUCAAAGUGUGCAAUGGCUGAAAAAAGGUUGGACAACACUGGAAUAAAGAAUAUAUUGAAGAAUCAAUGAGCUAAGCUUUCCAUCGAUUUUUGUCAAAAAUGGUGAAAUAUGCGGAAUUCAGCUUUAGACAAGAAAAUGAGGCUCUAGGAUGAUCUGGCGUGGUGCCAUUUUCAAGCCUUCCUGUUUUCACAUUUUCGACCGUUUCUACACCUUGUACCUUCCAGAAGACUCAUGACAUUCUUCAAAAAAAAAAGCGAGACUGCCCCGCUGAAAAGUGAGCAGUUGUUCAGCCUAUCUCAAGCUGUCUAGAAACUGCCUAAAAACUUCAGACUUAAAGGAACAACAAAAAAUCAUUAAAUGAAGAUUCUUACCGAAAAACAGGCUGCGGAUAACUUUGUGCAGCACAAAUGAGAUCCAAUGUUUUUCCAAUUGACCCAUCAAGGACUACUGAUCGAUCUUGAGGGUUCACUUUUGGUGGGAUAUGACCAAUUGGUUCUUGAAAAGAGAAUUGAAAUAAUUGCAAAUUUUAAAGAGCAGGAGGAAGGGGGUUGGGGGGAAGAGGGGUGAUGUCAUUCAACAAAGAAAUCAAUCCACGAGAUUCAGAGAAAAAUGAGAAAAAGUUUUGUCAAAAUUCUAAAAAUUGUGGCUAAAGACAGUGACUACGCUGCUGAAUUGAGAUUAUUUUAAGUUUGGCUCUAAACUUUUUACAAAUUCAGUCCUUAACUGGUAGCUCUGACUGAGAACAAAUAUAUUCAAAUUGGAACACAACAACAAAUUCAGAACCAUAAAAAAAUGGGCGCAUCAGUUAAACUCAUCAUAAUGGCUUCAAUCCUGCUUAUUCUAAAGCCAUCAACUGACGCUGCCUCAAUAAUUAGUAAAAUUCAAGGUUUAGACGACGAUUUGAAUGAUUCCAGAAACACACUCACAAGUAUCGAAGAAGGAAGCUCCAAAAAUUACGAAAUUGGCUUCGAACUUAUGCCAAAAAUAAGAAGACGACGACAGGCAGAUGACUUCACAACCUUCAUAGAAAACAUUUGGAAAUUCGACAGAAUUUGUUUCGAACCAUCAAAAUUAAUGAAACUCCAAUCCACAAUCCCAAUAUCAAGUGCUCAAAACUAUGAAAGACUCAGAAGAAUGUUUGACUUAUUUAUGCGAGAAUUUAACAAGUUUGCAGUUUUAAGUUUCCAAAAUAACGACCAGAAUUACUUCAAAUAAAUCAUCAAAAAAUAAAUUUAAACUUUUUUGACUCAAAACAAACCUAAAAACAGGCGACGGACUAGCUUGUGCAUUAAAAGUCAUGCUGAUAAUUGAACCAGCAGUUCCAACAAGCAUUGACAAUUUAUCAGCAACAUUAACUCGUGGUGAAAGUUUGUUUACAGGUUCUAUGGACAAUAUUGAGUAAGAUUUUGGUUCCAAAAUAACGAAAAACUUGCGAAAAACUCAAAAAUAAAUCCACAAAGAAAUCAACUGCGAAGCUUCAUACCCAAAAAAAUAUAUUUCAGUGCUCAUCAAGCAUUUUGUGCGGUCCAGAAAAAAUGUGUGCAAAAUUUUGUGCAACGAAAAACAAAAAAAAUAAACUCAAAACUCACCGAAAAACAGGUGCAGGAUAAGCCUGAGCAGCGCAACUCAUAAUUGUAAUGUCGGAACUAAAAAUGCCGCUCAUGUGCUUUUUGUCAUUUCCACCACCAAGUUUGGGGUUUGUUGACGCGAUUGGUUCUUAAAAAUAAAGAUUUUUUUUGGUAGGUUUUUGUGAGAGUUUUAAAAAAAUGUGUAAACAGAUGGGUUUGGGGGUCUUUUGGGGAAGGGGGGUCUAUUGAUUGAAUAAUUGUAAUUUGUGACAAUUAAGGUUUUGCUUUUAGAAUAAAAUGCGUUCAUUACGGAUUAAAAGAGAUAAAAACUGAUUUUGUGGGUCUUUUUAGAUCGACAUGGCACAAUUUUUUUCAAGAGAGGGACCCCCUUGUUCAAUAUUUAUAGUAAGACACAGCCUGAGUGCACCACAAAGAACCUUAAAAACAAUUAAUUUUGGGCUUCCUCUUUCCUUUUCUCUCUCAAAGUUUCAUUGACAAGAAAAACUUAAAUUUUAAAUCUUUUAAAAAUUAAAAUUAUGAUUUUGACAGUUAUUUAAGGUUUUGUUUUUGAAAAAUUUAAGUCAAACAAGGUUCAAUAAUUUUGACUAAAUUCUCUUUUUUCUUCAUUCUUUUGAAUCGCGCUUGAUUUCUUUGUUUUCAUUCAAUAUAAAAAAAAUAUUAAAAUGUAACAUUUUGACACAAAAAUUUGCUAA